GUGACGUUCUCCUUCCUACAGAUGCAUUUGCGUAACAUCUUGGAAGAAGCAUCUUGUCAGCAGAAAAUUCCGAAAAGUCCAGCACUUAGCGUUAUUGAGUCCCGCGAUUCGGGCCGGCGCGUUAAGGACUACUCAUGCAGGCAUCAGAAAUCCGAUGACGCUAAUGACGAGGCUAUGUGUCCGCAUAUUGACGCUAACUGGACUGACUACGAGGAAGACUCGUUGGUACUGAAGACGGGCGCGGAGGGCGAGAAGACGAGAGAAGCAGAAGUGGCGAUGCCUGGGCAGAAAGUAUCGUGCAGAAACGGCGUGCACGAGGUAACAAACGUCUCCUCGAGGCCUCGUGAGACGAGGAGAGGAGGUCGCGGCGAGGAUGUCCAGCGGGGAUAGGGCAGUGCCUCGCCAAGUAUCCGAAGAGAAGGAGAAAGAACGGAGACGGAGGGGAGACGUGAAGAAGGCCCCGGGCUCGAACCCGGCACCUCAUUACCCGAUAAUUUACUACGCGAGUAAUUAACUGGGCACACAAACGGUGCCACGUUAUGUAUACCCGGUGCGCGCGUAUACACCGUCCGACAACUCUUCCUUACCGGUACUUCUCGGAUGCGUACGCUCGUAUAUUACCGCGCCGCGUCCUCCUGCCGAUCUAUUUAUCCAUUCGUUUUGGCGUGACGAGCCUUCGCUCCCCUGGCCGACCCGGAUGCGCGCGAUAAACGGUUCAAUAAUGGCGGUUCGGAGAGCCCAACGAGAAAAAGUAUUUACGACGUCUGCGUAUUACAUUUUAUUUCCCUCGCCGAUAUUUUAGCACCACGGUAAUGGCGUGAUAA